AUGUCAACCAAUGUUGUUUCGAUCAAUGAUAAUGAUUUAAUCGAUCGUUGUAUUUCAAUUUUGAAAAACGAUGGAGUUAUAGCUGUACCAACCGAUACAAUUUAUGGUCUUGCUGCAUUAGUAAAUAGUAAAAAAGCUGUUCAAAAAAUUUAUGAAAUAAAAGGUCGAUUAUUUACUAAACCAUUAGCAAUAUCUGUCGGUUAUGUUGAAGAUUUAUUUACUUGCUCAAAACCAACAUUAACAAAAGAACAAUUAUCUACUGGUGAUCUUCUUCCUGGUCCAGUAACACUUAUGUUUGAACGUCAAUCAUUAUUACCUUCAUAUUUCAAUCCAGGCAUAAAUAAUAUUGCUAUUCGUAUUCCAAAUUGUCAAUUUAUGAUUGAAUUAGCUCAACGUUUACAUGAACCAAUUGCAUUAACAAGUGCCAAUAUAUCCAAUGAACCAAGUUCAGUUUGUAUUGAUGAAUUUAAACAGUUAUGGUCACAAAUUGAUUUAGUUAUUGAUGGAGGUCUAUUAGCAUCAAAUGAUCGACGUGGAUCUACUAUUGUUGAUUUAUCAGAAAAAGGUUAUUUUCAUAUACAACGUCAUGGUAUUGAUUGUGAACGUAUUAUACAAUAUUUAAAAGAACAUUGUCAAUUAAAAGAAAAGAAUAUUACUUUGUGA